ACGUGUUCAGUGUAGUUGCGCGUUAUGACCCGGAUGUUAGAUCGUAGCCGCAGUUUCGCGAGAACCUGCCGACCCGGAUGUCCUCCCGCUCGUUGUCCACCAGUGACCGACCACUGAUGUCUUCCUGGCCACCGAAAUAUGUUCAAUCGGAUAGAUGCGAGCAAGUCUACGAAAGGCGCCAGCAAACUUCGAAGGGACCUGAUAAACGCCGAAAUCGCGAAUCUACGUGACUUACUGCCAUUACCGCCCUCGACACGCCAGAGGCUUUCCCAGCUGCAGCUUAUGGCCUUGGUCUGCGUGUUCCUGCGAAAAGCCAACUACUUUCAGCAAGCGUUGAAAAACUGCCCGUCCGAGUCUUCGAAUAUUCCAACACCCAAUAUAGGAUUUUCAAAAGCGAUGUCCGGUUUCAUUAUGAUGAUGACGCAGCAAGGAAAAUUGUUAUACAUAUCAGAAAAUGCGGCAGAUUAUCUCGGGCAUUCUAUGGUACAGUACUCUCAAAAAUGUAACCCAGACAAUAGUCUUCCUAAGUGUAGCAUUAUCUUCGGAACGAAUUGUGAUAAGGCGAAAGAUUUUCAGGAGGAUUUGCUCAUUCACGGCGACAGUGUGUACGACGUGAUCGACAAGCAGGAUCACAUGGUCGUGCAAAAUCAGCUAUCCCGAAACAGUCCCAUUCCCAGCGACAGGAGAUUGUUUCUGUGCCGAAUCAACGUGUCGAGAAAUUCUCGGAGGCAGCUGCGAUUCGGCGAUCAGAAGGUAAUCCUCGUGGAGGGUCACUUCCUGCCCUUCGUUCCCGUUUGCAAUCGCAACGAGUUCGUUUUCCUGGCGUCGUGCACCCCGGUGGUCCUGCCGGAGACCCGGGAGAGCAUCGUUCAGGGCGCGACGCAUAUCUUCACCACGAUUCACUCGAUGGACAUGAAAUACCUGCAUAUCGAUAAAACCGCGGAAAGUCAUCUGGAGUACACGCGCGCCGAGUUGGUCAACGUAUCGUGGUACAAUCUACUUCAUUGGGACUCCAUAAGAACCGCCUAUUGCAAACAUCAAACGGUCAUCCAAUCCGAUCAGGAGCGAUCCACCACCGCUUUACUGAAGCUACAAAGCCGCUCCGGGAGGUGGUUCUGGGUCCAUUGCGUGCUGCAGGUCAAGGACACCUCCGACGAGUGUCAGCAUCCCAUAAUCGUUUGCACGAAUCAAGUACUCACCGAUAGGGAGGCAGAAGUGAUGCGCUCCAGUUCAUGGCUGUACCAGUACUCGUCUCAAACCAAGUUCACCUACGGACUCUGCCCCAGCGGUCAAGGUCGCGGUACCGUUUAUCCCUCCGCAGGACCUACUAAUCAAGCCCAGGAAUACGUUCGGACAUACUCCAACGACACCGAAGCCCAGCUCUCGCCGUCGCUUCACUCGGACCGAUCCGAGACGGAGUCGCAUGGCGGCUCGAAGAUCGCGCAGUCGACGGAUUAUCCCAACAGGCGGCUUCUGCGGGACGACGCGGAGCCAGUGGACAUGUCGAUAAGCGGCGCGGAGCAGCACGAGGGCAGGGGCGUCCAGAGCACGAUCUCUGAUCAUCAGCAGCACGUCCUGGACGACGCGGUUCGGUACCAUCACAAGCAGUACCACAAGAACUCGUUACAUCUGGCCGGCUAUCGGGCCAAGUUCGCGCAGUGCCACGGCACGCAAUACGCCAGCGGCUGCGCGGACGUGCUGUCGGUCCCCGGCACCAAGUAUUAUCUUACCGACCUCGACCGGGACUAUUGCUGCGGUGCGGAACGGAGCGCCCUGUUGGUGCACAAGCGGCUACCGACAAAGGCGUUGCUCGCGCCGCCGCCACCCUCGGUGGUCACCGCAGCGACGGAACCGCCGCAGCCUGACACCACUCCCUUGGAGAACUGGGGCACGGCGUGGUCGGACGCGUUGCAGAGGGUGCCAGACGUGGUACACCAGGAACUGAGCCCGUACAUCACCACGCCGACCACGCCAGUCAACACGCCCGACUCGGACACGCUCGGACACCCGGAGGCGCCUAUCUUCAACUUCGACUGGGCCGGCACCGAGCAGCACGUGCCAAACCUGAAGAUCACCUUCCACCGCACCAGCGCCGCGAUCACCACCACCGGCCAUCCUGCCGUCCAGCCUAGGAAGCAACAUCAGGACGCGGUGCAGCCCAUCACGCUACAGUUACCACGUAGGAAGGGACAGUCUACGGAAAAUGACAGCAAGGACUUCCCGAAAUGAAUUAGGAAAUACGUAUACAAGUCCGAGGGAAGGUGGCCAUACAGUAAGAGUUUAGGGGACAGUAAAAAGAGUACAAGAGAGUAGGGAAAGCCUAUAGUUUUCCACCUACAGCUAUCUUUAAUAGUUAAAGUAUAGAAAAAACGUCGGAUACCAGUUAGUUCGUUAAUAAAAAAAAAUUAUGUAAGGAUCUAGGAGACAUUAGAGACGAAAGUAGGGACUAGCACUUAUGAAUCAAUUGGGAAUGUGUGAAUGUGUGCGUCAAGAGAAUCUAAGGCGAGCACAAAAGGGGUAUUCGGACAGUGUUGUACUUACAUACGUCUCUUUGUCACAGACAACGGAGUAUAUUCUUCCAAAUUCUAUCAGUAUCGCGUUACACAAUUUUCUACACGCUCGUUCGUCUCUUUUCUCUCUCUCUCUCUCCCCCUCUUUUUCUUUUUUUUUCUUCUUUUAUCUUCACGUCUCUGUCUCUUUGGCAUCUUAUACGUUACUCUCGAAUCGUAAAUUCUUCAUUAAUAUAAAACACGUAUAUAAACAUAGACUGAUUACAUCGGUGUUUACAAUAAUCUACGAUUAAAAAAAGUCGUACAUCAUUUCGUUUAUCUCCGGUAUACGCUUUUAUGCGAGAACAUUCGUUUUGAGAUAAAUAGCACGCAUCGUACGCGUAUAUUCCAAGUGUAUAUAUAUUUAUAUUAUAUAUAUUACAUAUAUAAUGUUGUGCAUAUUAUAUAUCUAAUAUAUAUAUUACAUAUAUUAUAUAUAUAACUAUGUAUGAAUGUGCAGUGUCGUAAGAGGGUACCCAGGUACAUGCGCUAUAUAUGUUUGAGAUUUCCUUUGAAAAUACCUAAAUCUUACGUUUAACACACGAUCGUGAAAUAUAUUCGCUUUGUACAUUUCAACGCAUUCGAGGGAACGCAUGAAGAAGAGUGUCUCUUUUUCUUUGGCGUAACGUGCGCGUUGCGCGUUACAUUACGUCUCGACGUCAUGUACUACGAAGGAAACAGGUAAAUAAAGAGAGGCAGUUAAUCGUUUAUAGCAGUAGCAGCAGCUUCAAUCAGGUUUCCGUCCACAGUCGUGUUUUAGCAUUAUUAUCCGACGUUAUCGACACCUCGAUCGGAGGUCCAACACCGGCCAGAGGUCGACCGUGCGUAAGCGACCACGCGCAAUUUAAUCGCGACUAACACGCCCUUUGUUACGUCUUACGUUUACGGAUCUUUUAUAAUAAAUAUCGAAAUAAAUAUAUCCUGCAGAGU